AUGAAUCAUAUUAGGGACGACGAACGAAAGGCCCCUCGAACCAAGAUAAAUGUAGGUCUUCGGGCCACAUCUGAAUUCAUUAAAGCAGCGUCAAUAAAUAAGGUCAAAAAUCUCUAUCGAAUACUCAAAAUGUUACGGCGCUGCUCGAAGCAUUUACAGACUCUGUACCGGAGGCAAGGGCAAACCCUCCGGCUGAAGUCUACAGAGGUGCCCAAGGUCUACGGAGCCCUAGCCCAGGCUUCUGCCCGCCUUACCGCCCCGCGGGUAAUUACCGCUGCACAUAACCAAGUUGCUACUAUACACUUCACCAAUCCACUCCUCGCCGAACAGGAUGUCAUGACACCCAGCUUUCCCGACUCCGUGUCGGAAGGUGACGUAAAACUCGACAAAAAAGUCGGCGAUGCAGUCGCAGCCGACGAAGUAGUGCUUGAAAUUGAGACCGACAAGACAGCCAUACCCGUCAUGGCACCCGGUCACGGUGUUAUCAAAGAGUUUUAUGUCAAAGACGGAGACACUGUCAAGGCAGGCCAGAAGCUGUUCCGGUUGGACAUAACCGGGGAAGCCCCGAAAGCGGCUGCUGCUGCUGCACCGGCUCCAGAGCCUCCUAAAGCUGCAGCGCCCCCCCCGCCACCACCGCCACCAGCAGCCGCCGCUGCUCCUCCUCCACCACCCCCACCACCGCAGGCGGCAGCACCUCAAGCGCCACCAGCUCCAAAACCAACUCCCCCUCCGGCUGCCCCAAUUUCCUCAAUUCCAGUUGCAGCGAUUCGUCAUGCUCAGGCUAUUGAAACUGCAACCGUAAAAGUCCCACCAACAGAUUACAGCAAAGAAAUUGCUGGGACGAGGUCGGAACAGCGAGUUAAAAUGAACCGUAUGCGUCAGCGCAUCGCUCAGCGCUUGAAGGAAGCCCAGAACACCAACGCUAUGUUGACCACCUUCAACGAAAUCGAUAUGUCUCAUAUCAUGGCCUUCCGUAAGAAGCAUUUAGAUGCUUUCACCAAGAAGUACGGGGUCAAACUUGGUUUGAUGUCGCCUUUCGUAAAGGCAGCAGCCAACGCAUUGAUGGACCAGCCGGUCAUAAACGCUGUGAUUGAAGAACAGGAGAUCAUAUACCGUGAUUACGUAGAUAUUUCCGUUGCAGUCGCGACCCCUAAGGGUUUAGUCGUACCUGUAAUAAGAAAUGUCCAAAACAUGACUUAUGCAGACAUUGAACUAACCAUUGCUGGUUUAGCAGAGAAAGCCAGGACUGGUAAGCUGACUAUUGAAGAGAUGGAUGGCGGCACUUUCACUAUCAGUAAUGGUGGAGUAUUUGGUUCGUUAAUGGGCACUCCAAUAAUAAAUCCACCUCAGUCGGCUAUUCUCGGGAUGCAUGGUAUCUUUGAGCGUCCCAUUGCUCUGAAUGGGCAGGUCGUCAUCCGACCUAUGAUGUACAUCGCGCUGACCUACGAUCACAGGUUAAUCGAUGGCCGUGAAGCUGUUCUUUUCUUGAGGAAGAUCAAGGAGGGUGUUGAAGACCCCGCGACUAUUGUAGCUGGCCUAUAG